AUUGGACAAAGCAGUCGGUCCACUUUUCUAUGUUGAUAACAGCAUUAAAAUUAGAUAAAAUAAUGGGACAAAAAAGAAGUCAAGGGGCAUUCAGAAUAGAUACAAAUGUGAAGAAUUGUGAGUUAACUAUUACAUUAAUCACGAAUAAAUUAAUCAUUUGACAGCACUAGUUUAAAGGUUCUGUUGUUGUUUUCAAUUUUGAAAAGGAUAUUCAGCCCACCUUUUCCAUAUUUUGUAGUUUGAAUGCCACUAUUUAACAGACAAGUGUUUACAGCCAAGCAUUUUUCCCUUCUUAUUUAUCACAUUGUAGCAAUGUGUGGGGAAAAAACCUACACUUCCAUGAACUGUCAGGGGACCUCUAGGCAUUCUGUAGUAUGCAGACCACUAGUGUCUGGGUUUGUACUAAUAAGUUAAAAGAUUAAUAAGAAACUUCCAUAACAAGCCAUCUUGCUGCUUCUUGUGAUGCUAGGUAUCUGAAAGUACAACCCUUGAGGACCUUGAGAAGUCAAAUGGUCCUUUGCUUGACUACUUGGCCAAUGCAGGGUGUCUGAGGCCUAUGCGGUCGAUAAGAGACGGGGAUCUGCUGGUACAAGACAUUGUCAUGUUUCAAGGGCCAUUUCAAAGACUCUGUGAAGGACUGAAAACUCUUGGGGUUCUGGACCAAAUACGACAACAUCCAGACAGCUUCAGACCCCUGUUCUGCUAUGAGCCAAACACACUGACUGCUGACCAGGUGGAGGAUCUUUUCAGCAUUCAUCUCUCUCCAGAAGGGAGCAACAAGAGAGCUGCUGAAGAGAUGGUCAUCACUUUCUGGAGGGACUAUCUCCAAGAUGCAGAAGAAGAAGAAGGGCCAUCCAAACUAGAGAAGAUAUUGGCCUUCACAACUGGAGCAUCUGUCCAGUUCAUACACAAAGGAGAUGAUGGCUUCUCUACAUCAAUGUUCCCUCUUGCCAACACAUGUGUUAACUGCAUCAAGUUGCCACUGCAUGUGUCUUACCAACUAUUCAAGGAGAAGUUUGACUUUGCAUUAGGAAACACAUAUGGGUUUGGCAGGGCGUGAACAUGUCAUGCUCUGAAAACCUUUUGUCUGUUUCUCACUUUCUCUGUUCGUCUCUACCUUUCUGCUGGUCAGUGCAGAAGGGAAGAAAAAACAUCUAUUCCAUGGUUCCCAUCAUUUACAAGUGGGUUCACUUGUUGAAUAAUGUUCAUUGUGGUCUCAUUAAUAGUUACAUCUAUGUCUGGAAUUACAACAUUAUUAUUGGUUUGAAGUUCAGGUAAUGGCCCUUCUUCAUCAAUGCCAUAGUAGUUAUCGGCAUCAAAAAUGCUGUUUAUAGCUGGAUGAAUUCCUGCAUUAUUAAUGACACCUGAGUGCCACAGCUGGAGAGGUGUUUGCCCCCCUUGUGUGGAGAGGCCAUGGUUGUUCCAUUGAUUAAUGAAUUCUGUUACUGCUCUUUGAAUCCUUGGUAAAUAAACAAAAUGCAGACAAAAUAAAUGUAGUUCAUUCAAUGAAUCCAGUACACCAUGUUCCUCCAUGAAGUUAAAGAUGUUUAUAAAGUGUCUAGAUACAA